CACUGUGGGAUGGAAACUCGAGCGGCGCGUCCAGGCCGGACCUGGCGGCGGCGGCGGGGCCGGCGGCGGCCGCGGAGCGGGGCUUAGGCUCGGCGGCCGGCGAGACGCGGGCGGCGCCGCCAUGAACGCGGCGGUGGUGAAGCGGACGCAGGAGGCUCUGGGGAAGGUGAUUCGGAGGCCGCCGCUGACGGAGAAGCUGCUGAACAAGCCCCCGUUCCGCUACCUGCACGACAUCAUCACGGAGGUGAUCAGGAUGACUGGCUUCAUGAAGGGCCUCUACACAGACGCCGAGAUGAAGUCCGAUAACGUUAAGGAUAAAGAUGCCAAAAUUAGCUUCCUUCAGAAGGCCAUAGACGUGGUGGUCAUGGUCUCCGGAGAGCCACUGUUGGCAAAACCGGCUCGGAUCGUGGCCGGGCACGAGCCUGAAAAGACCAACGAGCUGCUCCAGAGAAUCGGAAAGUGCUGUCUCAACAAGCUCUCCAGCGACGAUGCGGUGAAGAGAGUGUUAGCUGGAGAGAAGGCGGAAACAAAAGGAAGGUCCUCACUGACGUCGAAACCUCAAGAAUUGGAUAAUAAGAACGUGAGGGAGGAAGCGUCCAGGGUCCCUAAAGAUAAAGCGGAUAGAAGAAACUCUGAAAUAAACGAGAGAAAUACAAGCGGAGGUCGAAAACAGAAAGAGGAAUUAAAGGAAGAAAACAAACCAAGAGAAAAGGAAAGGGACAGGGAAAAGCCCAAGGAGAAUGACCGAGACAGACACAAAGAUCCCGAGAGAGACAAGUACCACGAAGGGGAGAGAGAGCGGGCCAAGAACAGGGCCCGGCCGGAGAGGGACAGGGCCAAGGACGCAGAGCGGGAGAGGGAGCCGAAGAACGAGGGCGGAAAGGAGAAGGAGAAGCGGAAGGAGAGGGAGAGAGAGCGCGAGCGAGACGGGGGCCGGGACCGGCAGAGGGUGCGGAACGGGCAGCACGGCGGGGACCCCGACAGGGAGAAGAGCCACGAGCGUGAUAAGCCGGAGAAGAAGUCCUCAAGCUCAGGAGAGAUGUCUAAAAAGUCGUCAGAUGGAUCUUUCAAAGACUCCAAAGCUGAAACAGAGACUGAGAUUUCCACUAGAGCAUCCAGGUCAGUGACGACAAAGACAUCAAAACAGCGAUCCAAAAAUUCAGUGGAAGGAAGAAGGGAUUCUAGAACCAGUGAAAAUAGUCUCUCCCCUGAGAAAGAACGUAACUCUUCCAGCAGUAAAGCUGAGAAGGAACACACCGGGAAACAGCUCGGAAGAAAGGAGGAUGAUAUUUCAGCUAAAAUUUUAGACCCCAUAGUGUCUGGAUUAAAUAAUGAACCAGAUCAGGAAACUACAACUUCAGAAAUAGGAACAAAGGAAGCUAAUACUCACUCAGCUAGUGUUUCUGAUGCGAAUUCAUCUAGCCUGCAGCGAGAAAGUGCUGAGCCAGAACCAGCAGUAAAGCAGAAAGGUGAUUCUCCUAGUGAUGCAGAAGGAGACAUUGGACCUUCUGGCCAGGAGAAGUGUGAGGUGCCGGAGAAUUCCGAGCUGCCAGGCGAGCUCCCAGCCGCCGUCAGGAGGAUACCUCGGCCCGGGAGCGCACGGCCCGCGCCUCCCCGGGUCAGGCGGCAGGAGAGUGCGGAGGUGCUGACGUCGGACAGGACAGGAAGUGGUAAAACCAUCUCAAAUGUGAUCGUGGAGUCACAGAAUUCUGACAAUGAGGACGACGAUCAGUUUGUGGUGGAGGCCGCCCCCCAGCUCUCUGAGGUGUCAGAGCUUGAAAUGGUACAAGCGGUGGAAUUAGAAGAUGAGAAGCACGGAGGACUUGUCAAAAAAAUUUUGGAGACUAAGAAAGAUUAUGAGAAGUUGCAGCAGUCACCCAAACCUGGAGAGAAGGAGAAGCUGCUCGUCUUUGAGUCGGCGUGGAAGAAGGAGAAGGACAUAGUCUCCAAGGAGAUAGAGAAGCUCCGUGGGUCCAUCCAGAGCCUGUGCAGGAGCGCGCUGCCCCUGGGCAAGAUCAUGGACUACCUCCAGGAGGACGUGGACGCCAUGCAGCAGGAGCUGCAGCUGUGGCGCAGCGAGAGCCGCCAGCACGCCGAGGCCCUGCAGGCGGAGCGGAGCAUCACAGACUGUGCCGUGGAGCCCUUGAAGGCGGAGCUGGCGGAGCUGGAGCAGCUGGUCAGAGACCAGCAGGACAAGAUCUGUGCUGUGAAGGCCAGUAUUCUAAAGAAUGAAGAGAAAAUUCAGAAAAUGGUACAUAGUAUCAAUUUGAGUUCCAGAAGGUGAAAGCUCAAACGUUUCAGAGACUAAAGGUGGUCCUCAGUUUGCACGUAAAAAGGAGGCUAGAACAUCCUUACUCCUUACGUUUCAGUUUGAAGACAAUGAACAGUUUACAAGGUUAUCCAACUAAUUUUCAGAGCUUUACAGCUUAAGGCAUAUUCAGUGUAUGAAAGACCAUGUUUUCCUACCUUCCUCUGGCUAGAAUACUUGCUAGUUAUAAAUAGCUCUUGCAAAUGCCUGCGUGAAAAGUUUCUUUACAAGCCUGUUCUUUGUAUUUCCGCCGUAGGCUGUUCAGUUCUGUGCCAGAUUCUCCAGCAGGUAAGUGGUGCUGGCACAGCCAGGGAUGCAGGAGUCCGUGAUUUCAGACUCUUGAGUCUAGUGACAGGACUUCUGUGAGUCAAGCACUGAGUGAAGGAUGGCUGUAGUUUUUGAUAGGAGCUUCAUAAAUCCAAUGAAGCCUGAAAAUGAAUGAAUUAUAUUUUUAGCUCAUUUCCACUUGAAAAGGGUUAAUUUCGGCCCAUAUCUUUAUAAGGUACGCACGAACUUUAAUUUUUAACCUCUUUGUAAUUGCAUACACUUUAUGUAAUUUUCUUACUGGUCCCUUUUAUCUUUUGCUUAUAUUUCCAGCCCUUAAAGUUCAUACAUUUAAAAAGAUUUGAGUAUGGCCUUCAUGGACAUCGUCUGGACAUGAGAUUGUCACAGGCUGUAUCCUCACUUUCUUCAACAUUUUGCCCCUGGGUUUUUGCCACGUGCACAGUUGUGUCACUUGCCUCAUUCUCUCCAGAAGAGGGGCUUGCUCUCCGAGGCUUCGGCAUCAUGCCUUUUCCUUCGCACAGGUGUAAGCACCUGUGCACCUGAGAGACAGGUAGCUUAGGGAAAACUGCAAAAGGAAGACUUAAAAGGAUACGUGGAUUUGCAAAAUUUUUUAAUGUUAGCAUUUUUUUGGAAAUUGUUUUUUUAAAGCAAAAGUUUUUUUUUU